CACUAUCACCAUACCCCCCCCCCCCCUCUUUCUUUCUCUUCAAAAUGAGACCAAUGGAUGACGUAUGGAACGACAUCAGCAGCCUCCCGUCGCCGGCAACCACCACUCACUUCCAAAACUUCUUCGCUCCGGCGCUCCGGCCACCGUCCCCCGCCACCAUCUCCUUCCACCCGCCGCCGUCUCCCACCACCAUGCUCACUCUCCUCACCACCACUCACUCCGAUCACCAAGAUCCAAACAAGCGGCUGAAACCUAAUCCUCCGCCGCCACCGCCGCGUAUUUUCACGGCGCCGACGGCUUCUCCGCCAGAGUACACCGAAAAGUUCCGGCGAUUGAUGAAGAAUCGAGAAUCGGCCGCUCGAUCGAGAGCUAGAAAGCAGGCUCGUGCAGAUCAGUUGGAGCAUGAAGUAAUGCGAUUAGCUAAAGAAAAUGCUAAGCUCAAAAGGCUGCAAAAAGAGGUGGGUCCAUCACAUGUUCCAAAAGAAUCUAGACUUAACCGAACCAAAAGUGCUCCAUUUUGACAAGUCUGCCUUCUAUAUAUUUACCUAGUUUUUAUUUAUUUUUUAUUUUUUUUGUUUUUUUUGGGAGGGUUAGUAGGAAAUGACUGUUUUGGGGCUGUAGGUUAUGAUGAAGAUGGGUGACAUGUUUGUCCAUAUUUAGCUUUUUACUAUCUCCAUCAAUUAUUGACUGUCUUUUGAGUAAGAAUAUUCUCCUUAUCGUGUAUAUAUAAUACCCAUUUUGCCCUUCACCUUUUAAUGUGUAUUUUUUUGUUUUGUUUGGA